GACCAGCCAGGGCGGAGGCGCCGCGAGCAGCAGGAGCCCUCGCCGGAGCCUCGCUGUAUGGCCACAGGGAGCCGCUGAGCCCCAAGAGCCCUCCGCCGCCCACCCGCCGCACCUCUCGCCUCCCCGCGCUCCAGGCCCGGCCCGCGCCUCCGCCACCAUGAACCACUCGCCGCUCAAGACCGCGCUGGCCUAUGAGUGUUUCCAGAACCAGGACAACUCGACGCUGGCUCUGCCCUCGGACCAGAAAAUGAAGACGGGCACGUCGGGCAAGCAACGCGUGCAGGAGCAGGUGAUGAUGACUGUCAAGCGGCAGAAGUCCAAGUCUUCCCAGUCGUCCACCCUGACCCACUCCAACCGAGGUUCCAUGUAUGACGGCCUGGCCGACAAUUACAACUAUGGGACCGCCAACCGCAGCAGCUACUACUCCAAGUUCCAGGCGGGGAGCGGCUCGUGGGGCUACCCGAUCUACAACGGGACCCUCAAGCGGGAAGCUGACAACCGACGCUUCAGUUCCUACAGCCAGAUGGAGAACUGGGGCCGCCACUACCCCCGGGCCACCUGUAACACAGGCGCGGGCAGUGAUAUCUGCUUCAUGCAGAAGAUCAAGGCCAGCCGCAGUGAGCCCGACCUCUACUGCGACCCGCGGGGCACCCUGCGCAAGGGCACCCUGGGCAGCAAGGGCCACAAGACUACCCAGAGCCGGUACAGCUUCUACAGCACCUGCAGCGGGCAGAAGCCCGUCAAGAAGUGCCCCGUGAGACCUCCCUCCUGCACCUCCAAGCAGGACCCCGUGUAUGUUCCGCCCAUCUCCUGCAACAAGGACAUGUCCUUUGGCCACUCAAGGGCCAGCUCCAAGAUCUGCAGCGAGGACAUUGAGUGCAGCGGGCUGACCAUCCCCAAGGCUGUGCAGUACCUGAGCUCCCAGGAUGAGAAGUUUCAGGCCAUCGGGGCCUAUUACAUCCAGCACACCUGCUUCCAGGACGAAUCGGCCAAGCAACAGGUCUAUCAGCUGGGAGGCAUCUGCAAGCUGGUGGACCUCCUCCGCAGCCCCAACCAGAACGUGCAGCAGGCUGCGACCGGGGCCCUGCGCAACCUGGUUUUCCGGAGCACUACCAACAAGCUGGAGACGCGGAGGCAGGGCGGGAUCCGUGAGGCCGUCAGCCUCCUGAGGACAACCAGGAACACCGAGAUCCAGAAACAGCUGACUGGGCUGCUCUGGAACCUGUCUUCCACGGACGAGCUGAAGGAGGAGCUCAUCACCGACGCCCUGCCGGUCCUGGCCGACAGAGUCAUCAUUCCCUUCUCCGGCUGGUGCGACGGGAACAGCAACAUGUCCCGGGAGACGGUGGACCCUGAGGUCUUCUUCAAUGCCACCGGCUGUCUGAGGAACCUGAGCUCUGCGGACGCCGGGCGCCAGACCAUGCGCAACUACGCGGGGCUCAUCGACUCCCUCAUGGCCUACGUGCAGAACUGCGUGGCGGCCAGCCGCUGCGACGACAAGUCCGUGGAGAACUGCAUGUGUGUCCUGCACAACCUCUCCUACCGCCUGGACGCCGAGGUGCCCACCCGCUACCGCCAGCUGGAGUACAACACCCGCAACACCUACACCGAGAAGUCCUCCACUGGCUGCUUUAGCAACAAGAGCAACAAGAUGAUGAACAACAACUACGACUGCCCCCUCCCCGAGGAAGAGACCAACCCCAAGGGCAGCAGCUGGCUGUACCACUCGGACGCCAUCCGAACCUACCUGAACCUCAUGGGCAAGAGCAGGAAGGAUGCCACCCUGGAGGCCUGCGCCGGUGCCCUGCAGAACCUCACGGCCAGCAAGGGGCUGAUGUCCAACGGCAUGAGCCAGCUGAUCGGGCUCAGGGAGAAGGGGCUGCCGCAGAUCGCCCGCCUCCUGCAGUCGGGCAACUCGGACGUGGUGCGGUCCGGGGCCUCCCUGCUGAGCAACAUGUCCCGCCACCCGGCGCUGCACAGAGUGAUGGGGAACCAGGUGUUCCCGGAGGUGACCCGGCUCCUCACCAGCCACACUGGCAACACCAGCAACUCGGAGGACAUCCUGUCCUCAGCCUGCUACACCGUGAGGAACCUGAUAGCCUCCCAGCCCCAGAUGGCCAAGCAGUAUUUCUCCAGCAGCAUGAUCAACAAUGUCAUCAACCUGUGUCGGAGCAGUGCCUCCCCCAAGGCUGCGGAAGCCGCUCGGCUCCUCCUGUCUGACAUGUGGUCCAGCAAGGAGCUGCAGAGCAUCCUCAGACAGCAAGGUUUAGACAGGAACAUGCUGGGAAGCUUAGCCGGGGCCAACAGCCUCAGGAACUUCACCUCCCGGUUCUAAGAGGAGGCCACCGGAGCAGGCUCAGCUCGCAGAAGUGAGGACGCGCCCCCGCGAAGGGGACCUCGGCCUGGCUGGAGGGUUGUUCUGUGCACCUGCGCAGUAUUUGGAAGACUUCAAAGGCACUGAGAGCAAACCUGAAAACUGCGGAGAAUGGAAAUA